AUGUAUCAUGCCAUUAAAGAAUGGGGUGGAACUCCUUUUGGCUUUAUUGAUGAUGUGACUAUUACCGUUGAAGGUAAAAUUGAAGAAAAUACCAAAAGCUUAAGCAACAUAUUAGAAAAAUGUUGUAAUUGGGCUAAAUCAAGAAUGACCAAAAUUGAUUUGGGUGAUAAAUUGGGUUUUAUUCAUUUUACAAAAAAUGUGAAACCUAAAGAUGAGAAAGUGCAACUUACUUUACCUAAUGGAGAACUUCGUGAACCCCAGAAGGAAGUUAAAUUGCUUGGAAUUACUUUGAACAAUCUGCUUGAUUUUAAAUCUCAUAUUUUGAAUAAAAUCAAUAAAGCAAGAAAAGCUGUUGGUGCUAUUUGGCAUCUUGGAGGCGUGCAAAAAGGUAUGCGAGGGUCUGCAGUCGGAUCACUGUAUAUUGCUUGCGUGAGACCAAUUGUCGAAUAUGGCUUAGAAAUUUGGCAUCACAAAAUUUUGAAAGGAGAAAUCCACAAGUUGGAAGUAAUGCAGAAUAUGGCUUUAAGAAGAAUUGUUGGUGCUUAUCGCACAACUCCUAUUGCGGUACUACAAAAGGAAGCUGGUAUUAUGCCAUAUAGUAUUAGGCUAAAAUUUAUGGUGGCACGAAAAGCUAUUCGUUUACACCUAAAUAUUAGCAAAAUUAAUCCUAUUAAUGGUCAUUUGUUAACAUUGAUUGAGAAAUCUCCAAUUGCAAAGCUAACCACGCUUUACAUGUUGGCGAAAGAUGAUAGAGACUAUAUGAUUAAAAAGGAUGAAAAACGAAAAUGCAAGAGGGUUGAACCUCUUACACUGAAACAACAACAAAAUCAGACGAUUGGAAUUUUGAAAAAACAAGCAAUGGAAGAAUGGCAAGAAAUGUAUUGGAAAAGCAGUAAGGAUCUGUGGUAUCAUAAUAUCACAGUGGAGUCGAAAUGUACUGAUAAUCUUUCCAAAAUGGUUACGGGAGUGAUCAUGAAGAAAGAUAGUCGAAGGAUCUUGAGUAAUAUUACUCAGUUUCGCACAGGCCAUGGCAACUUUGGCGCAUGGUUUAAAAAGUUUGGAAUUGAAAAGGAUAGUUACAACUGCAAAUGUGGAGAGCUGGAAACAGUUCAUCACAUUUUAGUUGAGUGUCCUUUGCUUGAAGAGGAAAGAAAAGGACUGAAACGGAUAUCUCCAGAGAUGGACAUGUCGACUCUCUUAAACAGUUUAACUGGCUUACAAGAGAUUGUAAGCUUUAUCUCUGCUUGGAGGGAUUAA